AUGGGGCUUGGUGCAUUGUGUCGCUUCUUCGCCCUCUGUGGCUCUGUCGCUGUCAUCAGAUGUGACUGUGGCACGAACUUCGUCGGGGCGAAAUCAGAGUUUGAGAAAGCAAUCACAGAGAUGGAUAAGGAGAGAAUUGAGAAAUACGUUAACGGACAGGGAUGCGAAUGGAAGUUCAACCCACCCCAUGCCUCCCACUUUGGUGGCGUGUGGGAACGCCAAAUAGGAACAAUCCGUAGAAUCCUUGAUGGCAUGCUAUUGAAGAUAGGAUCCUCCCAGCUUGAUGACGAGCUACUGCUUACGCUGAUGGCAGAGGUAACCGCGAUAAUUAACAAUCAUCCGAUCUCAGCUAUAUCCGCUGACACCGAUGAACCGAUUCCUUUAUCGCCAGCAGCGCUACUCACCCUGAAACAAAGACCUGUCGCACCACCUCCUGGCAAGUUCGUUCCAGAAGAUCUUUACGCUCGCCGACGAUGGAGGAAAAUCCAGUACUUGGCAGAUCAGUUCUGGAUAAGAUGGAAAAGAGAGUACCUGCAAAAUCAACAGUCUAGAUCCAAGUGGGAGAGGAAAGAAACUGACUUAACUGUCGGAGAUCUGGUGUUAGUGAAAGAUAAAGAACUUCCUCGUAACAAGUGGCAAAUGGGAAAGGUAACGGAGUCGAUCAAGAGCGAAGACGGGAAAAUUAGGAAGGCGAGAAUCCUAGGUUGUAAGGAUGGAAAAAGCAAAUCCGUAUUUCGACCAAUAACGGAAUUAGUGUUACUUCUAGCAGCUCAAAACGGACAGGAAACUGAGUACAAGGAUAGACUGUCAUAG